AUGGAAAUAUACAAUUUUAUUCAUUAUAACAUUUAUUAUAAUGACUUUGUGUAUUAUUUAUUAAAAGAGACUCACCACUUUUUUAAUUACGGUAAAACUUAAGAAAUUAGACAAUAACUUUAUUGGGAGAUUUUUAAGUUUUCAAGAAUAUUAUCAUUCUUCUUUUCUCAAAAAGAUCCAAAAACAGAUCCAAUAAUGAUGCUUCAAGCAGUUGGAGUAACUCGAUUUUACCCUCUACCUGAUAGUUUGGCAAGGAUUUUAUGGAAAUGUUCAAUGGAAGCUUGCCACAUUUUUUAUCAAUGACAUUAUUGAAAAUAAAAGAGUAGCACACGAUAAAGGCUAAUUUUACCUUAGCAAAGAACCUGAUCUAUACACAGCAAAUUUUUGGAAAUACUUUAUCGUAUUCGUUUUUAGAAUGUAUUAUCAAGUCAAAUGCUGUUUUUGUUUAAAAUUUAUAUGAUAUCAAGAGUGUUGAUUCUCCUUCUUGA